AUGCCCAACGAGUUGGCUCAUCUUUACCGGUUGCGACACUUAUCUGUUGAAUUCAAUGAUUUCAAAGGAGAAAUCCCAUCACGGAUGGGGCUAUUAUCUAAACUUCAAUAUUUGUCUCUAAGCGGCUCCGUUCCUUCUUCCAUCUUCAACAUAUCCACUUUGCAAGGAAUUUAUCUUACAGAGAACAAGCUUUCUGGUUUGGUACCCUCCAUUAUCUUCAAUAUGUUUUCACUGGAAGUCAUAGAUCUUUACACUAACGAGUUGUCUGGUGAACUUCCAGAAGAUAUUUUUAAUCAUCUUCCCAAAUUACAACGGCUUGAUGUGUCUUAUAAUCAGUUUGAUGGAAAAAUUUCAUCCACUUUGUUCAAGUGCAAACAACUGCAAAUUGUAUCAUUGUCGGUUAAUAGAUUCACAGGAAAUAUACGUUUAAAAAUUGGGGACUUAAUCAUGCUCACAGUAUUAGACCUUAACAACAAUAGCAUUGGAGGUACUAUCCCUUCUACUUUGUUUAAGUGCAAACAACUGCAAAUUCUAUCAUUGUCGGUUAAUAGAUUCAUGGGAAGAGUAACUUUGGAAAUUGAAAACUUAACCAUGCUUACAAAGUUAUACCUUGACUAUAACAACUUUGAAGAAAUUGGGGACUUAAUCAUGCUCACAGGAUUAUACCUUUACAACAAUUGCAUUGGAGGAUUGUCUGAAAAUCCAUUGAAUGGCGUCCCUCCUAGUUCCAUUGGAAAUCUCUCAACUUCUCUUCAAGAACAUUACAUAGAUAAUUGCAAUAUUAAAGGCAGCCUUCCAAGAGAUAUAGGAAAUUUAAGCAAUUUGAUGACUUUGUCUUUAUAUCUCAAUGAAUUGGAUGGACCUAUUCCAACUACAGUGAGAAGAUUGCACAAGCUUCAAGCUCUCCACCUUUUUAAUAAUAGACUAGAAGGUCCCAUCCCAUCCGAUCUUUGUCAUUUAGAGAGCUUGUUCACGUUGUAUUUAGGCGGUAAUGAGCUUUCUGGACCUAUUCUUGCAUGUGUAAAUAAUCUCACAUUUCUAAGAUAUCUUUACUUAGACUUCACCCAAUUAACUUCCACGAUUCCCUUGAGCUUGUGGAGCCUUACAAAUAUCUUGGAGGUCCAACUCUCAUCAAAUUAUCUAAGUGGCCCCCUCUCAUUAGAGAUUGGAAAUUUGAAGGUCUUGAGAGUAUUAGAUUUAUCAAGAAAUCAACUAUUUGGUCAGAUCCCAGCAACAAUCUGUGGCCUCAAAGAUCUAGCUAAUCUCUCCUUGGCGAACAAUAAAUUCGAAGGCCCAAUUCCUGAAUCAUUUGAUGAACUAGUAAGCUUGGAAUUCUUGGAUCUUUCUAGUAACAAUUUAUCUGGAGAGAUCCCCACUUCUUUAGAAGCGCUUUCGUAUCUCAAAUAUCUAAAUGUCUCUUUCAAAAGACUGGGAGGAAAAAUUCCUGUAGGAGGACCAUUUGUACACUUCUUCGCUGCAUCACUUAUGUCAAAUUAUGGACUUUGUGGUGCUCCCCGAUUUCAAGUUCCACCGUGA